AACAUCAUGCUUGAAGCCAUGAACAAACAAAAGGCUUUAUGAAAAGCAAAAGAAAAUAUCUACUUUUACUCCAAAGUUCGUGAUACUGCCAUGCUUUGGUGGAGAAUUCUUCCAUGGUGAUUUCAGUUUCCUUUCAGAGUCUUAUGGAGCAUUUUCUCCUUCAUUGUAGGAAAAUUUUUACAUUAGAUGUCUAGUUUUGUUUCACCUUCAUAUAAUGCAUGAUUGCUAUUUUCCCCCUCCUUUUGUUGGCAUUGGUGACAUUGACUGACAAUUUGAUUUUCAAUGAUGUCAUUGAUGCUAAUCCCCCUUUCCUUAAAAAAAACGAUGAUAAUUGUGCUGCAAAUGCUGCCGAAUACAAUUAUAGUGAUUCUAUUUUCAUCAUGAUUCAACUGGCCUUUGAUGAAUGUAUUACUUCUGAAGUCCAAAACUAUUCAUUUGGUUCUUACACACAAGUUCCAAAUUUGCUCUUUCAGAUUGCAUAUUCCACUGCUGUGGUUUAUAUAGCAAAACUUUGUCAGUGAAGAACGGUUGGGUUAGAUGUCACCAUGGUUAUUAUGUCUGGACUAAUUGAAGGCCUUCCGGAUGCUGUUGCCCUUAGGUGCAUAGCACAAGUUCCCUUCUACCUAUAUCCUAAGUUGGAGCUUGUUUCUCAUGCAUGGAGAGCUGCCAUUCGUAGCUCUGAGCUGUUCAAAGCUCGACAAGAGGUUGGCUCGGCAGAGGAACUUCUUUGUGUGUGUGCAUAUGAUCCAGAGAAUUUAUGGCAGCUGUAUGAUCCCAUCCACGACCUUUGGAUUACUCUUCCUGUCCUUCCCUCGAGGGUCAGGCACCUUGCCUACUUUGGUGUGGUCUCAACUGGUGGAAAGCUGUUUGUGCUCGGUGGUGGAAGUGAUGAUGUUGACCCAUUGACUGGUGACCAAGAUGGGAGUUUUGCAACUGAUGAAGUCUGGUCAUAUGACCCUAUAAUGCGUCGGUGGGCUCAAUGUGCAUCCAUGAUCUUACCUCGUGCCAUGUUUGCAUGCUGUGUUUUGAAGGGAAAGAUCAUUGUUGCUGGCGGUUUCACCAACUGCAGAGAAUCUAUAUCUCAAGCAGAAAUGUAUGAUCCCGAGAAGGAUGUCUGGACUCCAAUACCCGAUCUCCACUGCACUCACAAUUCAGCAUGCUCCGGAUUCGUAAUCGGAGGGAAGUUGCAUGUCUUGCACAAGGGGUUGUCGACAGUGCAAGUCCUGGACCAACUAGGUUCUGGGUGGACAGUAGAAGAUUAUGGUUGGCUCCAGGGUCCAAUGGCAGUAGCACAGGGAGCCCUGUACGUGAUGAGCCAUGGACUCAUUGUCAAGCAGGAAAAAGCAGCUAGCAAGGUAGUGGUUUCUGCUUCCGAGUUUCGUAGGAGAAUCGGGUUUGCAAUGACAGGACUAAGAGAUGAAGUAUACGUGAUUGGAGGGGUAAUUGGCCCCGAACGAUUUAACUGGGAUAUCAAACCAAUGUCCGAUGUUGAUAUCUUUACUGUUGGGGGCGAUAGACCUACAUGGCGUCAGGCAGCUCCAAUGACAAAGUGCCGAGGAACAAUUUUCGGUUGCACGCAGCUAAGAAUUUAGGUGUUGGUUGUAUGGUGAAAAGUGAACCAUUAUGUUGAGGCAUUUCAAUUCCUCUUAUUGGAGACGAUAAAUGAUUUAGCUUUCGUGUCUUUGGUCUUGGUUUUCCUCCAUUUUUACUAUUAUUUUCAAGAGGGGAUGUUCCUUUCGAAA